AUGCGAGGCUUGACGUGCAGAGAAGACGUCGACCGUUCCCGCGGAAGCCCGGGCGUAUCGGCGGUUGGGAAAUGCAAGGCCGUCGUUCGCAACGCGAUCUGGUUGGUGAAAGGUCUUCAGGAACGGCUAGUAGUAAGCAGCACACGGGCCUCUGAGCCUAUGAGAGACGACGAAAGAGAACAAGGACAGGAGAUAGAAACAGCUGUGCAUUUUCGGGCGAAGGAUGCGAAACGGCGGAACCGUUCGGAGGCAGAAGACUGCUCACCGAAGUGGUGCAGGACUCAUCGACGUCGUCCCAAGAAAGCCCAGCUCGCUCGCAAGCUCUUCCAGAAACGGGCAGGCGCGCUGCGAUUUAGUAAGCCGCGACCGCGCCCGGGCUUGGUCGACUACCACAUCGUGGCGCAGCGCAUCGAAAGAUAUGAAGCAUCUAUAGGCGAUGCGGCACGAAGGAGCUCAGCGCCUUUUACACGGGCUGCUGCCUGA